AUGCAAACGACCAUCCCUCCGUCUUGUCAGCAAAGAACCCGUCAGUAUUGGUUUGCCUUUGGUGAUUCCUGGUCCGCGACAGGGUUUCAAUAUCAGCUCUACACAACCCUCGGCAUCAAAUCCGAUGGGAAAUACUACUCCCCUCUAGCCAUCGCCGGUGCAACAAUUGAUAAUUCACUAGCUACCUGGGGAUUCGGUGAUAUGACUUCCCAAAUAGACGCCUUUCAAUUAUAUUAUGCUUCGAGGCCAGCAUCUGCGCCUUGGACGGCGGAUAAUACAGUCGCUUCGUUCUGGAUUGGGGUCAACGAUGUAUAUUACGGUUUCGCGCAUAACGACGAUCCUUCUGUGUUUGUAUCCAGACUGAUGAAUAGAUAUCGAUCACUCAUCGAACAAAUUUAUUCCAACGGAAUUCGAAAGUUCCUCUUUGUGAACUGUCCACCAUCAACCCGCAGUCCACAGGUGCAUGAAGAGAACGAUUUGCCGGAACAAUUCCAGCGUCAUGCCGAGAUGGCGACAGCGUACAAUGAGGGUCUGAAUAGCAUGUUAUUUCAAUUCAGAGAUGAGCAUAAAGAUGCAACUGUCGUGUUUUACGACUCGUUCCAGUAUAUGACUCGCGUUCUUGACGAUCCGGCUGAAUAUAGUUACCAAGAUGCCACAUGCAUGAAUACUGAUAGGUCUAGUUGUGUCUGGUGGAAUAACUUGCAUCUGGUUGGAAAUAUCACAACGACGAAGCUGAGGAUAUGGUGCCCAUUCUUGCGCCUCUCGGGUGGUGAUAUCACUCUACAAUGUAUACAGCGUAAACCAUGA